AUGGCUGCUCUCCGUGUCGCCUCACGUCUCGCGUCCCGUCGCAUUACUCCGGGACUUGCGCGAUCGAUUCAAACGUCUGCCGAUACUACUGAGCUUCGUCAAUCCGUGCCCUCUUCGGGAUCGGAGCCCUUUACGCUUAGGUUACACGAGGACUCUUUUCAAGCGUAUCGUUGCGACUCUCCUGGUCUCGAUGUCCAGGUCACGAAAGAUAUGCUCGUCGACAUGUAUCGUCAGAUGACGAUAAUGCGUCGCAUGGAGAUGGCCGCCGACGCUUUAUACAAGGCAAAGCUUAUUCGAGGGUUCUGUCAUCUUGCAAUCGGCCAGGAAGCAGUCUCUGUGGGAUUGGAGAGUGCCAUUGAGAAGGACGACCGCGUUAUCACCGCAUACCGCUGCCACCCUUUCGCAGUCUUGCGCGGUGGAACCGUGAAGGGCGUUAUCGCUGAGCUCCUUGGUCGCCAGGCCGGAAUGUCCAACGGAAAGGGUGGAUCAAUGCACAUCUUCACCCCCUCGUUCUUUGGAGGAAACGGUAUUGUUGGUGCCCAAGUACCAGUUGGCGCUGGGCUUGCUUUUGCCCAAAAGUACAUGGGCAACAAAAACGUAACUUUCUCGAUGUAUGGAGAUGGUGCAAGUAACCAGGGUCAAGUCUUUGAAGCAUACAACAUGGCAAAGCUGUGGAACCUGCCGUGUGUGUUCGUCUGCGAGAAUAACAAGUAUGGUAUGGGUACCUCAGCCGAACGCUCGUCUUCGAACACCGAGUACUUCAAGCGUGGUGAUCUCAUCCCCGGUAUCCAGGUUAAUGGCAUGGACAUAAUCGCCUCUCACCAAGGUGUCAAAUAUGCUCGUGAUUGGUGCCUCAAUGGCAAUGGUCCGCUCUUGCUCGAGUUUGUCACAUACCGCUAUGGUGGCCACUCUAUGUCUGACCCUGGAACCACCUACCGUACCCGUGAGGAGAUCCAGCGCAUGCGCAGCACUCAGGAUCCGAUCAAAGGUCUUCAGAAAUAUUUGGAAGACUGGGGCGUCGCCUCGGAGGAGGAGUUGAAGACAAUUGACAAGGAGGCCAAGGCCGAAGUUGACAAGGCCGUUGAAGAGGCCAAGGCUUCUCCCGAGCCUGAUCCAAAGGACCUCUGGACCGACAUCUAUUACAAGGGUACGGAACCUCCCUACAUGCGCGGUCAUUCAUUACUACUAGACGUUUGGGCAGCCAGUACUCUUCGUAUAUUACUUAUUAUGAGAAUGUCAUGGGCUAUUGCUUUGUAUCUGUCUGUCGAUUUAGCCUGGGAUUCUUUACAGCAAUCACUAGCCGACACGUUAGUCGACGCACUCAAUCGAACGCUCGCCUCGGCUUCCCGUCCCUCGUUUAUUGGUCCCUCUGAGGUCACCUCAUUCGAGUUUGGAUCCAACCCUCCCGAAAUUGAAGUCGUCGACGUACGAGACAUUCACCCCGAUUUCCUCGAAGAAUAUUCCGAAGACGAAGGCUCUCAAGACGGAGGCGAAGGUGUUCGAUACGACGAGGAAGAGGAGGAAUACGAAUGGGUACCUCGACGAAGAGCCACCCGCGAGAUCCCAGAAAUGGAACCUCGGUCACCAGGCAUGGGCUCGCCGUUUGCAGCGCGUGACUUUUUUGGCGGGGCCGGGGUCGGUGGGAUCGGGAUCCAUGGCCUCCCUAGAAGUUUGGGACCCGGUGGCAUGGCGUUCGCAGGUAUGGGCAACGUUGGUAUUGGCUUUUCGCCUCUGGGCGGCCGCUCAGGUCGACGAACGCCGCAAGAAGAGGAGAGGACGCCCGAAGAGGAGACGAGUGUGCUCCUGAAUUAUCCUUCAGAAUCUUUCCUGACUCUGCCAGUCAAGCUCCGCGUUACGGGCCUGGUUUUUGAUGGAGAGGUCGUGGUAGCAUACGAGGGCCCAAGGCGCCGAGUUCAUAUAUGCAUAGUCGACGACCUGGACCCGUAUGGUCUGGCCAGUGAUAGGAGGAACCGAAGAACGGAUAGUAAUGAUUCACUUUCAAGGCCCGGUGCUGAAAAUGGCCCACCUAGAACUCCUGAACGCAUGCAACCUUCACCUUCGCCCAUUGACAGGUCUCUUCCUAUUGGUCAACGACUUUUGCCUUCGAUCCUAAUAGAGACGGAAAUUGGGCAGACAGAUAAGCAUGUGUUGAGGAAUGUGUCGAGAGUUGAAAGAUUCCUUCAGGACGUGCUGCGAAAGACAUUGGAAGAUGAAUUGGUGUUUCCAAACUUCCAUACUAUCAUAUUGAGUUAA